AUGCCAAUUAUUUUAGAUGAUAGCAAGAAUAUAAAUAUUGUGAAAAUAGCAGAAGACCUAAAGGAAGAUACAAAUUAUAAUUUAAAUUUAGACAAAAAUACAAAUAUGGAACAAUUAGACCAUCACUUCGACUUUGAACCCUCUACUUCUUUCGCCAUAAAAAACCAUUUUAUUUUUUCCAAAAUGCCAAAGAGAAAAGAAAAGAGACAAUCAGAAAAAGUAUCCUUUGUAUUGAUUUCUUCAGUUUGGAGAAAACAUCAAGAAGAAAAGAUCGAAAAACAGAAAUCAGAAGACGAACUUAAACAAAAGGGAAAAGAAGAGAGACUUCAAAAACAAAACAGAAAACAGACAUAA